AUAAGAAACGAUCCUGAACUGUCCGAUGGGUUCAGGGCAACGGAAUCAAUGGCCAGGAUCGCGCCACCGCCCAAAACCUCCUCAGUCGCCGCCGUUGCCAUCCUUCUCCUCCUCACCACCGCCCUGCCGCCGCCGGCGGCCAGUUCCCUCUCCUACACGAACUACCGGAUCCUCCUCUCCCUCUCCCACUCGCUCGCCACCCGCGUGGCCAACCUCCGCCGGGCACGCGGGGACCUCGAUGGCUACGGCCGCGCCGCGGCCAUCGCCGACCGGCUGGAGCGGGUAAUGGGUCUGGGGUUCUGGCGAUUGAUGGGGUCUGUGGGGUGGGACUACGUGCGGAACUACUCUUGGGGGAGGGACCUGGAUUACUGGGAGCUGUACGAGGCUGUACCUGAGCUGAACGAGCUGCUUGGUCUGCUCGGCGAGUACUCCCGUGGGAGAACCGACGCGGAGAGGGCGGCGUGGGUCGGCCGGAAUUACGGAAGUGUCCUCAGGGCGUCGAAGUCAAUCGUCGGGAGGCUGCUCAGAGUCUUCAGUAAAGCGGGUCCGAUGAAGGAGGCGGUGGAGACUCUGCGGAGAGAGGUGGUGGAGGGCGAUUUCUUGAGGGACUGUCUCGAGUUGGGCACAGAUGACUUGAAAGGUUUGAUCCAAAUACUGAAGGACUUGGCUGUUCAAUACUACUCUUCACCUGAUGGCCAACUCAUUCUGCCGCCACUCGCUCUACAGCAUCAGCCUGCAGGUUUAGAAGGUUUAGUAUGAUUCAGUCUCAAAAUGGCAAGUUGACGAAAAUCUGGGACGAGGAAACGAUUAGGAACAUCAAACGUCCUUCCAUGCUCAAACUAAAUGGAUCUUGAAAGUCUGAAUCCAGGGGACUGUUAUAACAGAAGAACCAGAGACACAGAGGAGAAAUUAUUUGGUGACUUGUUGCGCUAAAUGGGUGAAUGAGCUUAUUAUUAUAGAGACAGUGGAUCAUGAAUUAAAAAAAUAUAUUAUUAUUUUGGUCCUUC